CUAAGUCUUUGGAGCACCUGGGACUACACAGAGAGAGCAACCACACAGCCUGAGCCGGACUUAUCCCUCACAGCCUCAGCCGGACUUACUUAUCCCACACCGCUGGAGCCGGACUUCCCGCCACGAAAGGGCUGCAGACAACAGGACUGCCUCAGGCGCAAGAUGUUUGUCAGUGACUGUGGACCCACCUAACACACGGUCAAAGGGAGGUCGGGCAGUCGGAGAUCAGGUCCCGCUGUCCCGCCCAUCCGUCCGCCCCGCUCACCGCCCAUCCCCGCUCACCCCGGGGGAGCUGCCGCGCUCAUGGCGCCGGGUCGGGGCGUGCUCGGCCUCUUCAGCCUCCUCCUGCUGCUGCCGCCGGCCGCUUUGGGUGAGGACUGUCAGGCAUAUAUUGAUUAUUCUGGCAAAGAACAACCUGCACAAUCCUGUCCUGACUUCUGCUGUGGAAGCUGCACAAAUCAAUUCUGCUGCUCUAAUGUAAUGUUAAGAUUUGCUGAACAGUUUCAGUGUGUUCUACAAAAUGUAAGGAUGUCUGUCCCAGGAGAUCUUUUAAAUAAGAUUCAAGAGGCCCAACUAGGAGAAUUUUGGGAUAAGUUUGAGAAGACCGAAGACGAGGCGACCAAAAAAAUCCAUGAAUUGAUGUCCAAGAGCUGGAUCUCUGACUCAGACCUGAGGGAUUUUCAGGACCCUGAUGAUGACAUGCCUUUUGGCCUCAGUUUUGGAACCCUUAUUGCGAUUGGAGUUACUGUUUGUGCAGUGAUUGUCAUCACUAUUAUUCUGUGCCUCACCUGCUCCUGUUGCUGUCUCUACAAAGCAUGUCGAAGGCCACGGCCUGUUGUCACCACCACUGCUACCACUACAGUGGUCCACGCUCCUUAUCCCCAACAGCCAGCAGUGCCACCCAGCUAUCCAGCAGCUCCAUAUCAAGGAUACCAGCCCGUGGCCAUCCAGCCCCAGCCGGGAAUGCCGGUAGCACCGUACCCUGCACAGUAUCCUCCCCCUUACCCCAUGCAGCCCUCGGGACCGCCGGCCUAUCAUGAGACAGUGGCAGCUGGUGCUGGAGCCCCUUACCCAAGCCAGCCCCCUUACAACCCUGCUUACAUGGAUCCUCAGAAACCCACCUAUUGAAAAGCUCUUCUACUGUGCUUCUGCAUAUGAAACUUUUCAAAAUAUAAUUUGUUCUGUUUACACCCUGCACCAGUAGUAUAUUUUUCUUGAAGACAGCAAUCUUUUGUCUAAAUAACGUGCAAAGUAAUUCAGUAUGUUUAAUGCUCCGAGGAAGGAGUAUUUUUCUUGCAGAAGUUGUUCAUUUAUACCUCAAGCAAAUAGAAAAAGAGAUUUUGCUCUAAAUACAGUGAGAAGCACGAAGAAGGAGUACUUCAAAAAUACAGAACCACAAUAACAUUUUGCUGUGCAAUAAUUUUGAAAGGAUUGGUCUAAUAUGAGCAUUGUCAAACACCCAAAGCUGUAGCAAUCUUUUGCACAGUAUUAAAACAUAAAAACUUAACCUCUGAGAAACUACCUGAUACAUGUUACAUAUGUUCUGCCUGUUUUGAAGCUACUAUUGUUAGGUAAGCUGCCAUUUAAUACAUUUCAUUUACCAUUCAAAAGGGAAUUUUCCUUUUUUGCAACACAUUUACCUUCAGUAAGGGGUAGCAAACCAUGUUUAAUUGUCUCUGGACUAGCUCUAAAUAGCACGAGUUGGUGAUUUCCUUGUUUUCUUUCCCAAUUUGAAGGCUUUAAAACUGUGCCUCCACUGGGUGUUAGGAAUUAACAACAAAUCCAAACUCUCUGCCACUUAGCAGACCAAAUAUCUCAAAAGCUGGAAACUUGAAAAUUCUUCACAAAAAUUAUUGGACAAGUAUUUCCCGUUGAGGUGUUGUUGGACAAGCUUACUCCAGUCAUUUCUUGUGAUGGGUUUGGAAGAAAAAUUAGCAAUUUAACCACAUGUUAAGCAGAAAUACCUGCCAGCCUUCAGUCCUGCCUCAUCACAGGGAGGGAGUUUGUUUUACAGGAGAGAUGGGAUGUCAGCAGUAGAUUGGGGUUUUCAGAUGCUUAGGGUUUUCCACUGUCUCUGGUGGGAACUGUAUAUGGCAGGAACCUAAGAAUUCUAGACCUUUAUAAACUCAGUCUGCAUUUGAAUAACAAAAUGCAGGGAGGGAUAAGAAAUCCCAGCCCAACACGAAGCAGGGAUUAAAAUUCCCUGUUGUCUUCAACAUUCCCAUAAAGCUGAACAGAAGAUGAGAAGUCAGGGAAAGCAGGGGUUUGGCCACAGCCAGGUAAUAUAUUUUUCAGAAGGUAGUGCUUUCAACCAUGAAACAUCUUGAGACAUCCUCAUGACUAUUACCACUGCUGGGGCUUUUGGCUCCAUAAAUUUUGUAUUGUUCAAACAAAUAAGGUGGUUUUUUGUUGGUUUUUUUUUUUUCACUGUCCUCAACAAUUCUGUCUUUUCUGACAUUGAUAUACAAUAUGUUUUUAAUCCUCAUAGAGCUAUCUAGUUAGUUGUAUGCAUAAUUUUAACAUAUCUUUUACACUGAUUUUACUUUUUUUGGAGAGGCCAUUGAGCCAUUUGUCCCGUGAUUUUACAUUUGGAGAUAUAUUAUUGUUUGCUGGCAUUAUUUUACCUCAUAUAGUGGGUGGAAAUUGCUGCUGCCAAAGGCAGCCUUGUUUUUCUUCCUGAUUGUUGAGUCUAUUUUUGGAUUAUUCUGAAUUUUUUUAAUUUUUUUUUUUUUUUAGAGAAGGUUUUCAGGGCAUUUCAGGAGGAACUUGUAGAAAGUUUUUAGCAUCAAAAUCCAUGCCAACCUGUGCUCCUGUGUUACACCUCUGAGUGUUGAAGUUAAUAGCAUGAAAUGGUGCCAAGAGGCACUCACAGAGCAUGUAUCCAUGUAUCCUGUGUCUGUGUUCCUCCUCUUUCCUGCCUUGUCAGCUGAGAAAUCAGGCAAUGCUUCAUUACACUGUUAGACAACCAACACUGGAUCCUGUGUCCUGUGUGGAGGGUGAAGUGUUGCCUUAGAAACCUGGAAUGUUUCUGUGUGGGAGGGCACUGAGUAGCUGCAGAAAUAAAUCCCUUGCUGUAGGUCCCUUGUGUUUAUUCACGUAGAAGGAGAGCAGAGACUAUUCCAGCACCUUCAGAUGGAGCCUGGCCAGGGAGAGCAGCUCUCAGAGCACAGGCAGAGCAUCCCAGUGUGGGGCUUGAUGAGGUUGUUCCUGUGCCCUGCUCUUCUUUCCUCCAUCUGCUCUGACAAAUGGAUCAGUUUGUGGCAGUCUUGGUAAUGGUAUGUUUGGGUUAUGAAAGGGAAAUCUGCACUUUCGUGACAGGUUGGCUCAGUCAUCAUCCCUGAGGGAAGGCAGUAGGAAAGUGAAGUGGCAGCAAUAACAGAGGUUCCCAAAUGUGAAGUUUUGGUGUAGAAGUUGCACAGACCAAAUAGAUUGUCCUGAAUUGCCACCCCUGUGUGUGUAGGGGUGGGAGGAGAUGAGGGGAAGGGUUAAGGAGCCUCAAGAUUGACACUUCUUCAGUGAACAAGUGCUAAUGAUAACUAUGGACAAGUGAAGAGAUGAAUCAUUAAUGCACAAGGAACUAUUUUAGCAGCAGUGUUACUAACUCAGUUACAAAACUCAUUGAAAGAAGAGAGAAUGAUUCAGUUCACAAUUGGAGCAGUGAAUCAGAUCUUUUCUUAUUGUUAGUGAAUUUAUCAUCAUUAACAAUAAGGUGUAGGACCAAAUUUUUUCUUGCCUGUUGCCCUGCAACUUGUUGAAGCUUGUUUUUAUACAGUUAAAGGAAUGGGAUGGUUAUAGAAAAAGUGGAGGAGAUGAUCCAUAAAUUUUUAGUUUAAGCACUGCUGAUGUGUGUCAUUCCAAGUAGCUGUUGCCUUCACAUCACUAGUUAUCCACAGUGCUGUAGGGAGGGGGAAUGGAACUAAAACUUUAAAUGUUGAAAGAGUAUAUCUUAAUUUGGUUUUAAUUCUGUAAGUGCCUUUGUUUCAGAAAUGUUUUGUGAAAUUAAAUACAGUAGAAUAUUUUGUUGUAUUGAAUUUAGUAGAUAAUCAUUGUUGCUUUUGUUACAUACUGUAACCUCGCUUUGUAUGUUGUUUGUAGGUUAAACAUAAGUAUUCAAACCAAAUGGCAUAAACUCUAUGCACCUUUGUAAUAAAUACAGUGUUUGAAGUA